GGGCCUCUGUCAGUUGUUGUCGUCCGGUUGUGGGGCUGGCUCCAUGUAGUGGGUUCGCGGCGGCUGGCUGGGUGUGCGGGCUUGGUCCGAGGAGCAGGAGAGGGGAAGCUCUAGCUUAAACGCGGGCAGCAAGAUGGACAUUCUGAAAUCGGAAAUCCUCCGGAAGCGGCAGCUGGUGGAGGACAGGAACCUGUUGGUGGAAAAUAAAAAAUAUUUCAAGCGUAGUGAACUUGCAAAAAAGGAAGAGGAAGCAUAUUUUGAAAGAUGUGGCUGCAAGCCUAUAAAUGAGAAGCCAUCUGGAGAGAUACAGCCAAAAGAGGAGGACCAGAAACCAUUAACUUCAUCAAAUCCAGUAUUAGAACUUGAACUGGCAGAAGAAAAAUUACCCAUGACUCUUUCUAGGCAAGAGGUUAUCAGAAGAUUGAGAGAAAGAGGAGAACCAAUCAGACUGUUUGGAGAAACUGAUUAUGAUGCUUUUCAGCGUUUAAGAAAAAUAGAGAUCCUCACACCGGAAGUUAACAAGGGAUUGAGGAAUGACCUGAAAGCAGCCUUGGAUAAGAUUGAUCAGCAGUACCUCAAUGAACUUGUGGGCGGCCAGGAACCUGGAGAGGAAGACACCCAGAAUGAUCUGAAAGUUCACGAGGAAAAUACCACAAUUGAAGAAUUAGAGGCUCUGGGAGAGUCUUUAGGAAAAGGUGAUGAUCAUAAAGACAUGGACAUCAUCACCAAAUUCCUGAAGUUUCUUCUUGGUGUUUGGGCUAAGGAGUUGAAUGCCAGAGAGGAUUACGUGAAGCGCAGUGUGCAGGGAAAACUGAACAGUGCCACUCAGAAACAGACGGAGUCCUAUCUCAGACCCCUUUUCAGAAAGCUACGGAAAAGGAAUCUUCCUGCUGAUAUUAAAGAAUCCAUAACAGAUAUUAUUAAAUUCAUGUUGCAGAGGGAAUACGUGAAGGCUAAUGAUGCUUAUCUUCAGAUGGCCAUUGGAAAUGCCCCUUGGCCCAUUGGUGUCACCAUGGUUGGUAUCCAUGCCAGAACUGGUAGAGAAAAGAUUUUUUCCAAGCAUGUUGCGCAUGUUUUAAAUGAUGAAACACAGCGGAAAUAUAUUCAGAGUCUGAUGGAGAGGUGUUCUCACCAGGCCCCUGGCUGGACGAUCUCUCACACGCAUCCAGAGAAUCCAGCAGGGACGCUACGUCAGACCAGGGGUUUCAUGCUUCACCUUAAUUCGCUUUGAAGAAAUAGGGAUCUUAAAGAGCUUGCAAGUGCUCGUAUACGGUAACUGUUUCAUUUUCCACCACGCCGAUCCUUUACCUCGUCGGCCUCAAAGGACCAACACUUUCUGUACAUCUUGUAGUAACUGAACGCAGCUCAACAGUAAAACCUGUUUUACUUAAUCUCCGUCUUCACUACCAGACUAUCAUGAUGUUUGUCUGAACUGUAAUUCUGCCCCCUCCCCCAGCUCCAUUCCUUCCUGCCUCCCGAAUCCAAAACCCAAGUGUUGAGAAAGAAUUUGCGUCUCUCAUUCCUAUUUAUAACCCAGCUGGGCUGGAAACUUGAUCGACUGACUUCAGACUUGAUUUCAGACUACGGUCCGUGUUGUAUUAUACAGCCUGCAGCCGCUGUUUCCCUUUCGAAUUUUCCUGUGGCACAGAGUUCAGUCUGAUUAUUCAUGCAUCGUCUUUUGGGAGAAAGAAUAUGGCCUAAUAUAUAUAUGUUUCCAAAUGGGAAAGGAGAAAAACCUGCUGUUUGUAGCUCUGACUAUCAAAAUAAGAGCAGUAGCCACCCCCCAUCCCCCAAAUCAUGUAAUAACAUUAUAAUCAGUGUGAUUUAUCCUGCAGGGUUUACCCCUAAAGUCUUCAGUGAACAUUAGUCCCUUCUGCAAGCUGGUAUCACCAACCCAGCUGCACAGAGCCGGGGAGCCCAGGCCCUGAACAGUCCAGACUGGACCCCCGCCUGCUGGGGGCCCCCAGAGAACCCCCCACGGUGCUUUUCGAGCUGCAGCAGGGGGAGCCCCAUGGUUUUUGAUUUUAUUUUCCUGUUCAUUCUUACCCCUCUGGUCUGGUAGAGUCUACUGUUAUUCUUGGAUCACAUAUACAUGAAAAAAAACAAAAGAUUUUUCUUUUUUACGCUAAAGCUAACUUCAGUUCUGCUUGCCCACGAAGCUGCCCCCACCCCGGCUCCUGUCCCUGGCUGGCCAAUGCCUUUCCAAUAGGAAGUCAUUACAAGUGAAAAAAAAACCAACAAAACAAAACCCCACCCACCCCAGUUGCGCCGGUAAGCACAGCCUACCACCUCUGUGGAGAUCGUGUUGUGCCGUUGAAAUAACCCAACUAAGAGUGUGCGUUUGUUACUACUAUAAAAGUAUUUUUGAGGCCUUU